ACAGAUUUAAAAGAUUAUUCUAAUAUAUAGGUUGGGAAACACUGUGAUAAAAUAGGCGAUUUUUAUCUAACGGGUAUUCCCCAAAUGUGGAAGAGCGUUUUUUGUAAUGUUGACAAAAUUUGCCAAUCCAUAUCCGUUUCUCAAAGAAAAGAAAAGGCUUUACCCCAUUUUUAACAUCAUAUUUAAUUUAAUGCUCAUGUGCCAUGUUUACUUAUUCCAGAUGGAGAAUACAUGGUAUUAUUUCCGCUGGUUUUAGACGUUUUAAUACGGGCAAAGGUGGCAUUUCACAGAAGAAGAUGGUAUCAACUAAAAUUCCCAAGUUUAAAAUAUUUUCUGUGGAUUUAAAUGGAAAUCGAAGUUCAUUUGAAGUAACAAAAUCCUCCUUAUACCAUGAGCUUGGGUUAACAGUAAGAGACCUAAGAUUUCAGCACGUCAAUAUGGUAGCAGUGCGUAAUAAGAAGAUAGUUGUUCGUUUUCAGAACCUCAAAGCAAUAAUUUGCACAGACGCCGUGCUUCUGAUUGACCCCCCUCUCCACUCAGACGUUUCUCCUGAAAAUGAAAUAUUUACAAAGCUAUGGAACAACCUUCCUGCACUAAUAACUGGCUCCACACUCUACACAACUAAUCUACCUUUUGAAUACAGAGUCUUGGAAGCUGUAUUUACAUUCAAUAUAAGCAGUUUAACAACCAAGUUAUCCCAACUUGAACCUGACAUACAGAGAUUGCUCACAACACUUACAGACCCUGCUCAGUUUGGUGUUGACAGAUCCCUGGUUCAUAUACUGCUCAACCACAGCACAAGGUUAAAUGCUUUUGCCACUAUUGUUCGAGAGUAUUGUGCAACACUGGAAGAAAUACUUGACUGCGAUGAUGAUAUUCGGGAUUUGUGCAUCACUGUAGGAGAGGGCGAGACCAGGUCAAUGUACGAUGCCUUCAUUUUUUCUUCGGCAAUAAAUAAGGAAAAUUCCAACGUGUCUUCGCGACACAGCGGUGCAGCCAUGAGGGAAAUUCACCACAAAUAUAAAAUCAAUCUACAAGAUGAAAUGGAAACUUUAUUGGAUACUUUUUUAAGAAGCGGAGAAGAAAUUGGUAACAAAGUAGCUGAGCUUGAAGGAAGCCAAUAGAUAAUUCCAACACUGCAAUUUUAAUUAACCUGGACAGCCAUCGAAAUUUGCUUCUGCGUUUGGAGUUACAACUCACGAUGGGAAUGUUCUCUUGCACGCUCUUCGGGAUGCUGGGGAUGGCUUUUGGGAUGAACUUGGAUUCUUCACUAGAAGAAAAUCCUAUUGCAUUCUGGGCUGUAUCAGGAUUAAUGUUUGCUGGAGCCGGGAUCUUUUGGAGGAUGUUGCUCCGUAAACUUCGGGAUGCUCCACUAAGAGGCUCCUCGUCAGUGACAAAAGGUGGCCCAUCUGGUACAAAGGGCGGAAAUGGAACAAAGUCAUCAACUAACCAUACCCCACCUAUAAAAGAUGACACACGCGUUUUAAAAAAUUUU